AUGGAGGUAGAGGGACGCAUAUUCAAAGUAAAUCUGAUAUGCCUACCUCUACAAGAUUUUGAAGUGAUCUUGGGGAUAGAUUGGCUUUCUGCCAAUCACGUUCUUAUAGAUUGUCGGGAGAAAAUGUUAUUGUUCUUCAACUCAGAGGAGCUUGAGUUGUUGUCUUCUCAAGGGGUUAUGAAGGAGAUUCAAGGCGGCGCACAAUGCUUCAUUAUCUUCACACAUCUAAAGGUGGAGAAAGAGGAAAAGACGUCAAUUAUACCAGUGGUGCAUGAGUUUGAGGAUGUGUUUUCAGAGGAAGUACCAGGGUUGCCUCCGAGUAGAGAAGUUGAGUUUUCUAUUGAUAUGGUACCAGGAACCGGUCCAGUAUCGAUGGCUCCUUACCGCAUGGCUUCGAUGGAGUUGGUAGAACUCAAUAAACAAAUAGAGGAGUUGUUGGGGAAACAGUUUAUACUACCUAGUACUUCGCCAUGGGGAGCACCAAUGUUGUUGGUGAAGAAGAAGGAUGGGAGCUCACGCUUGUGUGUGGACUAA